GACUCAUUCUGAAAGGAAAUUGCACCUCUUACACAGUUCAUUUGGAUGGGUGUGAUGACAUGGAAAACAGCACAUUUUAUUAGUCUCCCCAAAUCUUGAGGAAGAGAUGCUUCCGUGGUCCAACUAUCUCAGACAGAGCCUAUAUAAUAGGUUGCUGGUGAUUCUAUUGAUGACAAUCUACCAAGACUUAACAGGUGAGACAGGAGGUGUCCAGGCCUGGACAUAUAACUACAGCGUCAACCAGAAUCUGGACUGGGAUUCGGCCCGCCAGUGGUGCAGGCAGGACUACACGGACAUGGUGGCCAUCCAGAACCAGGAGGAGAUUGUCUAUCUCAACACCAUGCUCCCUAAGAACUCACAAUACUACUGGAUCGGCCUCCGCAAGGUGAAUGAGAUGUGGACCUGGACGGGGACUAACAAGACACUGACCAAAGAGGCGGAGAACUGGGCCAUCGGGGAGCCCAACAACAUAGGGGACGGACAGGACUGUGUGGAGAUCUACAUCAAAAGAGGAAAGGACGAAGCCAAGUGGAACGAUGAGAGAUGCACAAAAAAGAAGGGAGCCCUCUGCUACACAGCUUCUUGCUCAGAGCAUUGCUGCAGCGCCCAUGCAGAGUGUUUAGAGAACAUAGGGAACUACACCUGUCAGUGUGACCCUGGCUUCAAGGGCCCCCGGUGCCAAGAAGCCGUAGAGUGUGACACUGUGUCGGACCCAGAGCAGGGUUCAGUGAACUGUGACCAUCCUCAUGGGCUGUUUGCCUUCAACUCCUCUUGCCAGUUCCACUGUGCCCGGGGAUACCAGCUGCAGGGGGCAUCACAACUGCUCUGCCAGGCCACAGGGUUCUGGGACCACCCUGCCGCUCAGUGCCAAGUCAAACAGUGUCCAGCGCUGGACAGUGGUCCUCAUAGAGGGACUAUGAACUGCAGUAACCCCAUCGCCCUGCACAGUUAUAACUCCACCUGUGAAUUCAGCUGUGAUUUGGGGUUUGACCUAAUAGGACCAGACAGGAUUCAGUGUGACCACACAGGACAGUGGACAGGCAACGUCUCCACCUGCACAGUGGUGAGGUGUGGUCCCCUGUCCCCUCCUGCCAUGGGGAACAUGUCCUGUGUGGACCCCCUGGGGGCUUCCUCCUUCACCUCCUCCUGUGGGUUCUCCUGUGAGGAGGGCUACCUGCUGAGAGGAGACACCAACCUCACCUGUUUAUCUACUGGACAAUGGACCAACCACACACCUGCAUGUGAACCUCUGCAGUGCGACACCUUAACCUCUCCCCCGCAUGGCUCCCUGAACUGCUCUGGCCUCCAUGGUCAGUUCCACUACGGGUCCCAGUGUCUGUUCUCCUGUGAGGAGGGGUUCCUGCUGAACGGGUUGGCUGAUACAGAGUGCACCUCCCUGGGCACAUGGAGCAGGAGAGCCCCCCUCUGUCUGGUGGUGAGGUGUGGUCCCCUGUCCCCUCCUGCCAUGGGGAACAUGUCCUGUGUGGAUCCCCUGGGGGCUUCCUCCUUCACCUCCUCCUGUGGGUUCUCCUGUGAGGAGGGCUACCUGCUGAGAGGAGACACCAACCUCACCUGUUUAUCUACUGGACAAUGGACCAACCACACACCUGCAUGUGAACCUCUGCAGUGCGACAUCUUAACCUCUCCCCCGCAUGGCUCCCUGAACUGCUCUGGCCUCCAUGGUCAGUUCCACUACGGGUCCCAGUGUCUGUUCUCCUGUGAGGAGGGGUUCCUGCUGAACGGGUUGGCUGAUACAGAGUGCACCUCCCUGGGCACAUGGAGCAGGAGAGCCCCCCUCUGUCUGGUGGUGAGGUGUGGUCCCCUGUCCCCUCCUGCCAUGGGGAACAUGUCCUGUGUGGACCCCCUGGGGGCUUCCUCCUUCACCUCCUCCUGUGGGUUCUCCUGUGAGGAGGGCUACCUGCUGAGAGGAGACACCAACCUCACCUGUUUAUCUACUGGACAAUGGACCAACCACACACCUGCAUGUGAACCUCUGCAGUGCGACACCUUAACCUCUCCCCCGCAUGGCUCCCUGAACUGCUCUGGCCUCCAUGGUCAGUUCCACUACGGGUCCCAGUGUCUGUUCUCCUGUGAGGAGGGGUUCCUGCUGAACGGGUUGGCUGAUACAGAGUGCACCUCCCUGGGCACAUGGAGCAGGAGAGCCCCCCUCUGUCUGGUGGUGAGGUGUGUUCGCCUGUCCCCUCCUGCCAUGGGGAACAUGUCCUGUGUGGACCCCCUGGGGGAUUCCUCCUUCACCUCCUCCUGUGGGUUCUCCUGUGAGGAGGGCUACCUGCUGAGAGGAGACACCAACCUCACCUGUUUAUCUACUGGACAAUGGACCAACCACACACCUGCAUGUGAACCUCUGCAGUGCGACAUCUUAACCUCUCCCCCGCACGGCUCCAUGAACUGCUCUGGCCUCCAUGGUCAGUUCCACUACGGGUCCCAGUGUCUGUUCUCCUGUGAGGAGGGGUUCCUGCUGAACGGGUUGGCUGAUACAGAGUGCACCUCCCGGGGCACAUGGAGCAGGAGAGCCCCCCUCUGUCUGGCUCAGCAGUGCGACACCUUAACCUCUCCCCCGCAUGGCUCCCUGAACUGCUCUGGCCUCCAUGGUCAGUUCCACUACGGGUCCCAGUGUCUGUUCUCCUGUGAGGAGGGGUUCCUGCUGAACGGGUUGGCUGAUACAGAGUGCACCUCCCGGGGCACAUGGAGCAGGAGAGCCCCCCUCUGUCUGGUGGUGAGGUGUGUUCGCCUGUCCCCUCCUGCCAUGGGGAACAUGUCCUGUGUGGACCCCCUGGGGGCUUCCUCCUUCACCUCCUCCUGUGGGUUCUCCUGUGAGGAGGGCUACCUGCUGAGAGGAGACACCAACCUCACCUGUUUAUCUACUGGACAAUGGACCAACCACACACCUGCAUGUGAACUGGUCCAGUGUGAGAACCUAUUGCCCAGACAGACAUCUCCAGCACCCACUCCAUCCUCAACCCCACCACCAGCCCAGGGACCCUUCAUGAACUGCUCACACUACCUAGGGGAGUUUAGCUUCAGCUCUCUGUGCCUCUUCACCUGCAGCAAAGGUUACUAUCUGAACGGAACAGAAGAGCUGUCCUGCACCUCAGAGGGACAAUGGAGUGACCUUGUGCCCUCUUGCCAAAGAAACAUCAACUCUGUCCAAGAGUCCUCUAGGAUGCUGGUCUAUGCAGUGGUGGGAGCUGCCUCUGCUGCUGGGCUGUUACUACUGCUGGGUCUGGGCAUGCUGGCCGCAAAGAAGCUCCGCAAGAAAGGUGACUUCCACUUUGAUAACUCGUUAUGGGAGGAAAGAGAGAACCCUGCUUUUGAAAAUUCUUAAACAAGAAUGUGCUUAAUGACAUUGUACUGUAAAACAAGGUUUUGUCUAACAAAUUAAUUGCUUUCAAUGUAUUUAAAGGCAUCACUGUUCCUUCUAUACCUAUUUUUGUGUAUGGGCUGUUAAAGCUAAAAUAUAUCACUUUUGGGCGACCCGACCAGAUUCACGUAGAAAUGUGAGUUAUAGAUAUGUAAUUAUUGAAAAUAAGUCUAAGAAGCUGUUAUAUCUGUUCUAUGUAUACUAUUUCUAUGCUUCCCAUUCUUAAGUUUCGAUGGGGAGUCAGUAGAGGUUAAAGCUAAAAAUAUAUAACUUUUGGGCAACCCGACCAGAUUCACGUAGAAAUGUGAGUUAUAGAUAUGUAAUUAUUGAAAAUAAGUCUAAGAAGCUGUUAUAUCUGUUCUAUGUAUACUAUUUCUAUGCUUCCCAUUCUUAAGUUUUGUUUUUGGCAUCUUUUACUUUCUGGUUUUUGUACACCAGCUUCAAACAGUUGAAAAUUCUAUAUUUCUGGGCGAUUGAAAAUAUAUUUCACAGCGAUUUAGAUGGUACAAUGAUUCUCUACACUCUGUUUUGUGUAAAUUAGGAAAACUAUUAGAAUUUUAGCAACUAGGAAAUGGCGGAGUGAUUUCUGCAUAUUUCACCUUUUUAAUGGAUGUUAGAUGUGUAGGAUUUUAAUUUGACCCGUAUUGUCACAGCAAAAUAAUCUUGCAUCAACAGGAUUUGAACAUUUAGUCCAUUCACACUUUUCCGUGAUGUAAUGUUGCUUGAUCGGUGGUUAGGCUAUUAGCUGUCCGAAAUUGGGCUACAUUACAGUGCAAUAAUGUUAAUAUUAUGGUGUGUUAGUGGUUUUCAGUGAAUUUAUGUCCAUAGGACUCUGGUUAUUAGAACUAUUUAUCUGACAGUUUUUAGAUGUUCUGUUUGUACACUCACUGCUCGCAGGGUAGCAUUUUCAUCUCUUUGUAGUCAAUUACAUCAUCUCAGUAAAUUGUCCCUCUAAUACGGAGUUACAGUCAUGCUUAAAGGGACACAAAUGCCACUGAAUUACGAGCAAAAGAAUCCUGGUUGUGUUCAAUAGGGAAAUAAACACUGAACAAAAAUAUGAACGCAACAUGUAAAGGACAUAAAUUCGCAGGAAAAUUCUCAGCGACAACAGGUUGAUCAAAUGAAGAUCCCAUAUCUGAAUGUAGCUUGUAGUCAAACUCAUGGCUUUCUAUGUUUCUCAUCAUGUUCACUUGGACAAAUGUUGAAUUCAAUAUAUUGAGAUCAAUAGAAUGCAGAAUGUGCUGUAAAAAAAGUAUUUUAUUUUUAACGAAUAACAAAACAAAACAAUAUAUAUAUAUAUAUACUUAUUUUAUUUAUUUAAUUAACAAAAUUAUACCACACCCAAUUCCCCUGUGUGAAAAGUAAUUCCCCUUUACACUCAAUAACUGGUUGUGCCCCCUUUUAGCUGUAAUGACUCCAACCAAACACUUCCUGUAGUUGUUGAUCUGUCUCUCAUGUCGCUGUGGAGGAAUUUAGCAAGUAUUGUGUUAUUUGUUCACUCAGGUUCCCUUUAUCUGAUAUUAGGUUUUGGUUGAAGAUCUGAUAACAUUCUGUAUAACAUUUUUGCAAAAGUAGAGAAAAUAUGCCCACCUCAUCCCCUCUUACACUGCCUCACUGUCCACCUCACCCCCCUCUCACCCUGCCUCACUGUCCACCUCACCCCCCUCUCACCCUGCCUCACUGUCCACCUCACCCCCUCUCACUGCCCACCUCCCCCUCUCUCACUGCCCACCUCCUCCCUCUCCCUCUGCCUCACUGCCCACCUCCCCCUCUCUCACUGCCCACCUCCUCCCUCUCUCCCUCUGCCUCACUGCCCACCUCCCCCUCUCUCACUGCCCACCUCCUCCCCUCUCUCCCUCUGCCUCACUGCCCACCUCCCCCUCUCUCACUGUCCACCUCCUCCCUCUCUCACCCUGCCUCACUGCCCACCUCCCCCUCUCUCACUGCCCACCUCCUCCCUCUCUCCCUCUGCCUCACUGCUCACCUCCCUCCCCCACCUCAAUGCCCACCCCACCCCUUCGCUCCCCCUGCCCAUCUCACCCCUUUCUAACCCCGCUCUCUCUGGAGGCUGGAGGGUUGCUAGGUGACCACAAGGUGUCAACCUGGCAUGUAGUGUCCUGCCUGUCUGACAGGUGAUCCAUCAUCUAAACAUUGAUAGUAGUGUCAGGGUUGGAGUCAACUCCAUCUAUUUCAUAAUGUGGACUGAAACGGAAUGCUCUCAUGAACAAGCCAACAUAACCCUUAAUUAUGACACUGUUAGGUCAUUUGGGGAUAUUAGCAAGCUAGGAGCAAUACAACCAUUAUUUGUAGUAUUUAUAAAGAAUUGUUUGGGCCUUUGGAUAGCCUUGACAUGAGGCACUUAACUGAUCACAAUAUGAGUUUUAAUCCGUGUUGGGGGGUAGUAAAUUACAUGUAGUUCAACUAGUAAUUUAACUACAUUAGCUUGUUGGCAGUUGAACUAAAUUUAAAUCUUGGUAGUGUUUUCAGUAGUUGAUUACUUUGUAGUGAUGUAGCUAACUGCUGGAACAACACACUACAUUUUUGCACCAAACAAAAAUAAAAUAUGUUUGAAGUAGGCCAUAUAUAUAUAUUUUUUUGCAUCAGACCUGCCUAAUUCUCAAUGGAAACACAGCUUUUGUGAUUAAUAGGCUAAAUGACACAUUCUGACACCAGAGUGAUCUAUCCUGCCAAUUUGUAGUCUAUGACAUUCCCAGCCUGGUCUCAUAGAUUAAACGUAAACAAGUAACGUAAAUCCGGGACACUCAAAUGAGUUUGAUAUGUUACAUUUGGUAUGGUUACAUGAGACAGAUGGUUACUAAAGGUAAAAAACAAAAGGAAGGCGAUUGGUCGGGGUGGAUGGAUGGGUGUAUAACGCAAACGUCUGGCAACCCAAAGGCGUGUUCGAUUCUCAUCACGGAUAACUUUAGCUAAUUCGCAACUUUUCAACUACUUUUUAGCUACUUAGCAUGGUAGGUAACCCUAACAUUAACCCUAACCUUACAUCUUUAACCUAACUCCUAACCUUAACCUUAACCCGAACAUUAACCCUAACCGUUAGCCAAGCUAACAUUAGCCAGCUAGCUAUUGUUAGCGUUAGCCACUUAGCUUAAAUUAACCACAACAAAUUGGAAUUCGUAACAUAUCAUACGUUUUGCUCAUUCGUAACGUAAAGUACAGAUUGUAAUUCGUAACAUAUCAUGCGAAAUGUGUGAUGGACAUCCCCCAAAUUAAUACAUACCAUACAAAAACGUAACAUAUCAUACAAAAUGGAGUGUAUUUAACAAGUUAUACGAAAUGCUCUGAGACCAGGUUAACAUUUCAGAUCAAGAUAUGAUCAUAAUUUUUCAAAGUAAGUAACGUUCAGUAAUCUAUAUUUUCCAUAAAGGUAGCUUUAGCGUAGCUUAAAUUCUUCCAAUGUGAAGCAUUUGGUAGCUUGGUAACAGUGGAGGCUGCUGAGAAUGGCUCAUGAUAAUGGCUGGAACGGAGCCAAUUAAAACCAUGUGUUUGAUGUGUUUUAUACCAUUCCACUGAUUCCGGUUCAGUUAUUAUCAUAAACCAUGUGUUUGAUGUGUUUUAUACCGUUCCACUGAUUCCGGUUCAGUUAUUAUCAUAAACCAUGUGUUUGAUGUGUUUUAUACCGUUCCACUGAUUCCGGUUCAGUUAUUAUCAUAAACCACGUGUUUGAUGUGUUUUAUACCGUUCCACUGAUUCCGGUUCAGUUAUUAUCAUAAACCAUGUGUUUGAUGUGUUUUAUACCAUUCCACUGAUUCCGGUUCAGUUAUUAUCAUAAACCAUGUGUUUGAUGUGUUUUAUACCAUUCCACUGAUUCCGGUUCAGUUAUUAUCAUAAACCAUGUGUUUGAUGUGUUUUAUACCGUUCCACUGAUUCCGGUUCAGUUAUUAUCAUAAACCAUGUGUUUGAUGUGUUUUAUACCAUUCCACUGAUUCCGGUUCAGUUAUUAUCAUAAACCAUGUGUUUGAUGUGUUUUAUACCAUUCCACUGAUUCCGGUUCAGUUAUUAUCAUAAACCAUGUGUUUGAUGUGUUUUAUACCAUUCCACUGAUUCCGGUUCAGUUAUUAUCAUAAACCAUGUGUUUGAUGUGUUUUAUACCGUUCCACUGAUUCCGGUUCAGUUAUUAUCAUAAACCAUGUGUUUGAUGUGUUUUAUACCAUUCCACUGAUUCCGGUUCAGUUAUUAUCAUAAACCAUGUGUUUUAUACCAUUCCACUGAUUCCGGUUCAGUUAUUAUCAUAAACCAUGUGUUUGAUGUGUUUUAUACCAUUCCACUGAUUCCGGUUCAGUUAUUAUCAUAAACCAUGUGUUUUAUACCAUU